UGGAGUGCCUCGCGAAAUGUAUGAAGCCCACUCGGACCUGCAACCAGUUCUUGACCUGUCGUGUCGAGCUUCCAAGAAUGAUGGGGAUCAUAAUCUCUGCGUACACAUGAAGAGUUGUGAAAUCACAGCCGCCAUGCACCCCAAUGACAUGCCUGAAGGUUCUCGAAGAUUUCACUGGGAUGCCAUUUCUGUUGGAGUUUUCGUAUUCGCGGCUCUGAUGGUUUCUUCUGCGGUCGCGGUCAUCUUAUACCUGCGGCGGGGGCUGCACUCUAAGCCUCUUACGGGGGAAUCCUCAUCCGCACUGCAGCCGAAAGGGAAAGCUGAAGUGGAAUAAAUAUUUUUCCUG